CGGAGGGGUGAACAUCUCCUGCGAGGACUGCAGCGCGAGGACUGGGCCGCUUUGGGACCCACGGUAGCACCCGCUGCUUGUUGAGAAGAGGGAUGAAAUGUUCUCUGACAUUUACAAGAUCAAAGAAUCACCAACUGGGAUGUUAUUGGAAGUAGAGGGAAAGAUGGUUAGUAGAACGGAGAAUAUCGAUGACUGUCUGUUGGGGGCAAAUGCGUCGGCGGAGGUGCAGGAUGACGGCUGCGAGUCCAGCACAGUCAAUGGAGUGGACAUCGUUCUCAACCACAAACUGCAGGAGACAUCCUUCACCAAGGACUCAUACAAGGGCUACAUCAAGGACUACAUGAAGGCGAUCAAGGCUAAGCUGGAGGAGAAUAACCCAGACAGAGAGAAGCCCUUCAUGGCUGGAGCUCAGGAGGAGAUCAAGAAGAUCAUGGGCAACAUGAAGAACUACCAGGUGUAUGAACCCAGAUGGUAUGGUUGGUCUGCUCGACUUCCGUGAGGAUGGCAUCAUUUCCUUCAUGACAUUCUUCAUAGACGGCCUGGAGAUCGAGAAAUUAGUCCCUUUAGCCCAGUCUACUCAUGUCUAACAACACACUGAUUAUGUUCUAACUUAUAACCAGUCUACUCAUGUCUAACAACACACUGAUUAUGUUCUAACUUAUAACCAGUCUACUCAUGUCUAACAACACACUGAUUAUGUUCUAACUUAUAACCAGUCUACUCAUGUCUAACAACACACUGAUUAUGUUCUAACUUAUAACCAGUCUACUCAUGUCUAACAACACACUGAUUAUGUUCUAACUUAUAACCAGUCUACUCAUGUCUAACACACUGAUUAUGUUCUAACUUAUAACCAGUCUACUCAUGUCUAACACACUGAUUAUGUUCUAACUUAUAACCAGUCUACUCGUGUUAUAACCACUGUUCUUCUCUCUCGCAGUAACAUUCUGGACUAACAUGCUAACCGGACACGUCGCGUACGCGAGCGUCGCAAAAUAAAUGUAGAAAUCCAUGUUAUUAAAUUAUUGCACCCACACUGCUCGCGUGCGCCAACGAUCGUCUGCUUUGCCAACGGCUAAAAUAGAAGUCCUUUCUAUUUCUGACGCAGAUCGCGCUGAAAGUCCUGCCUCUCCCAUCUCCUCAUUGCUUUAUAGAAGCAGGUGCCCACGUGCCAUCUCCUCAUUGGUUAUACCCACGUGGGUGAUUGAAAGACUAAUUGUUUUGCUGGUUGUCGUGGUAAUACUAUGAAAGUGUAGAUGCCAAGAUGAAAAAGCCUGGAAGGAGGAGAGAUGACUAGAAAUUAUUCGGUUGGCCGUUUUAUGUGUGGAUUAAUUUGCCGAGUAGAGGAGCUUGUGCAUUUCAGGUAAAAUAACAACUCAAUGUUUAUAUCCCAGGACAAAUUAGCUAGCAACAGCAAGCUAGCUAAAUAGGACAAAUUAGCUAGUAACUGCAAGCUAACUAGCUAAAUUGCCAUACAUGUUUAAUGCUUUUCGACCUGUCCCCAAAUUAAUGUCAUUGGUUCAGUUUGUUUUGAUAUUUUAACCUGCGUGUCGUGAUCGCGUUUGGUGUAGGGGGACAAAAUCCAUUUAUGCACGGUAGCGCACGAUGGCUUACGCGUGCAGCCGGUUUGGGUUCCGUUGAAGAACUUUGCCUCUAUUUGCUGCUCAGCUGCAUCUCAUCUGUCCCACGACCACUGACCAACCAGACGACGACGACUGCCUUACAUUUGGAUUGAAAGCAUUUAGUUACAAUUAUUAUAUCUGAUUGGAAUGGAAGUAUUACUUUAAAGUAUUAUACAGUGGCUUGCGAAAGUAUUCACCCCCUUGUCAUUUUUCCUAUUUUGUUGCCUUACAACCUGGAAUUAAAAUGUAUUUUUGGGGGGUUUGUAUCAUUUGAUUUACACAACAUGCCUACCACUUUGAAGAUGCAAAAUAUUUUUUGUGAAACAAACAAGAAAUAAGACAAAAAAGCAGAACUUUAGCGUGCAUAACUAUUCACCCCCCAAAGUCAAUACUUUGUAGAGCCACCUUUUGCAGCAAUUACAGCUGCAAGUCUCUUGAGGUAUGUCUCUAUAAGCUUUCCACAUCUAGCCACUGGGAUUUUGGCCCAAUCUUCAAGGCAAAACUGCUCCAGCUCCUUUAAGUUUGAUGGGUUCCGCUGGUGUACAGCAAUCUAUAAGUCAUACCACAGAUUCUCAAUUAGAUUGACUAGGCCAUUCCAAGACAUUUACAUUUUUCCCCUUAAACCACUUGAGUGUUGCUUUAGCAGUAUGCUUAGGGUCAUUAUCCUGCUAGAAGGUGAACCUCCGUCCCAGUCUCAAAUCUCUGACUGAAAUAGGUUUCCCUCAAGAAUUUCCCCGUAUUUAGCAACAUCCAUCAUUCCUUCAAAUCUGUCCAGUUUCCCAGUCCCUGCUGAUGAAAAACAUCCAUAGCAUGAUGCUGCCACCACCAUGUUUCACUGUGGGGAUGAUGUUCUCGGUGUGAUGAGAGGUGUUGUCUUUCCACCAGACAUAGCGUUUUCCUUGAUGGCCAAAAAGCAAAAUUUUUGUGUCAUCUAACCAGAGUACCUUCUUCCAUAUGUUUGGGGAGUCUCCCACAUGCCUUUUGGCGAACACCAAACGUGUUGGCUUAUUUUUUUCUUUAAGCAAUGACUUUUUUCUGGUCACUUCCAUAAAGCCCAGCUUUGUGGAGUGUACGGCUUAAAGUGGUCCUAUGGACAGAUACUCCAAUCUCAGCUGUGGACCUUUGCAGCUCCUUCAGGGUUCUCUCUGAUUAAUGACCCCUUUGCCUGGUCUGUGAGUUUUGGUGGGCGGCCCUCUUUUGGCAGGUAGAUUUAAUGGUGGUCAAUAGAUUUAAUGGUGGUCUGUGGAUGUUCAAAGUUUUGGAUGUUUUUUUAUAACCCAACCUUGAUCUGUACUUCUCCACAACUUUGUCCCUGACCUGUUUGGAGAGCUCCUAUUUCAUGGUGCUGCUUGCUUGGUGGUGUUGCAGACUCUGGGGCCGUUCAGAACAGGUGUGUGUGUAUAUAUAUAUAUAUACAUAUACUGAGAUCAUGUUACCCUUAGAUUGCACACACGUGGACUUUAUUUAACUAACUAAGGUAAUUGGUUGCACCAGAUCUUAUUUAGGGGCUUCGUGACAAAGGGAGUGAAUACAUAUGCACGCACCACUUUUCCCGUUGUUUUUUUUUUCACUUCACCAAUUUGGAAUAUUUUGUGUAUGUCCAUUACAUGAAAUCCAAAUUUAAAUUGCAGGUUGUAAUGCAACAAAAUAGGAAAAAUGCCAAGGGGGGUGAAUACUUUUGCAAGGCACUAUAUGAUGCCCAAACCAUGUCAUGUAUAUGGGGUUGACUGAAGGGGUGCUGUGACAGUAUUUUGGUAUUGAUUCUGUAAAUAUAUAUACAUCAACUACCUUUUCUUUUCAUUGGUCAGUCUGAGAUGUUGCUUUUUCUUUGCAACUCUGCGUAGAAGGCCAGCAUCCUGGAGUCGCCUCUUCACUAAUGAUAUUCCAUUAAAAAUUAUCGGUUUCCAGCUACAAUAGUCAUUUACAACAUUAACAAUGUCUACACUGUAUUUCUGAUCAAUUUGAUGUUAUUUUAAAUUGACAAAAAUAGCUUUUCUUUCAAAAACAGUACUCACUGUUUUCGUUCCUAAGUUCAGUCUUCCAAAGCCUGGUGCAGGUCUACAAUUUUGUUUCUGGUGUCCUUUGACAGCUCUUUGGCCUUGGCCAUAGUGGAGUUUGGAGUGUGACUGUUUUGAGGUUGUGGACAGGUGUCUUUUAUACUGAUAACAAGUUCAAACAGGUGCCAUUAAUACAGGUAACGAGUGGAGGACAGAGGAGCCUCUUAAAGAAGAAGUUACAGGUCUGUGAGAGCCAGAAAUCUUGCUUGUUUGUAGGUGACCAAAUACUUAUUUUCCACCAUAAUUUGCAAAUAGAUUCAUAAAAAAUCCUACAAUGUGAUUUUUCUGGAUUUUCCCCCCUAAUUUUGUCUGUCAUAGUUGAAGUGUACCUAUGAUGAAAAUUACAGGCCUCAUCUUUUUAAGUGGGAGAAUUUGCACAAUUGGUGGCUGACUAAAUACUGUUUUGCCCCACUGUAUGUCUAUAGGAGAGAGGCAGUUCAGGGCUGGACUCUCUACAGUAUCCAUGUUCACACAGCUACUGCCUGCACCCUUAUUCUGAAAACUAGAAGGAGCAUCUGUCUACUUCUAGUGUCAAAAGCCAUGUUCUCGUUGGCUGGCCCUCGCUUCAUACUCGCCGCCAAACCCACUGGCUCCAGGUCAUCUACAAAUCUUUGCUAGGUAAAACCCCGCCUUAUCUUAGUUCACUGGUCACCAUAGCAGCACCCACCCGCAGCACGCGCUCCAGAAGGUAUAUUUCACUGGUCACCCCCAAAGUCAAUUCCUCCUUUGGCCGCCUUUCCUUACAGUUCUCUGCUGCCAAUGACUGGAACGAACUGCAAAAAUCACUGAAGCUGGAGACUCUAAUCUCCCUCACUAACUUCAAGCACCAGCUGUCAGAGGAGCUCACAGAUCAUUGCACCUGUACAUAGCCCAUCCAACUACCUCAUCCCCAUACCGUAUUUAUUUAUUUUGCUCCUUUGCACCCCAGUAUCUCUACUUGCACAUUCAUCUUCUGCACAUCUAUCACUCAGUGUUUAAUUGCAAUAUCGUAAUUACCUCACCACUAUGGCCUAUUGUAUUGCCUUACCUCCCUUAUCUUACCUCAUUUGCACACACUGUAUAUAUACACACUUCUUUUUUUCUACUGUAUUAUUGACUGUAUGUUUGUUUAUUCUCUGUGUUGUAUGUAUUGAACUGCUUUGCUUUAUCUUGGCCAGGUCGCAGUUGUAAAUGAGAACUUGUUCUCAACUAGCCUCCCUGGUUAAAUGAAGGUGAAAAAUAAUAAUAAUAUGUUGUAGUUGAUAAUGUCCACUAGAUGUCGGUAGUGGGUAACAGUUGACGCUUCUCCAAAUAUAAUAGAUCUGUGUUCGGAAUUCUGCCCUACUUAUUAUGUGUGACUAAUCAGGCCUCAGGUAACUAUAGUUCACUCGGACAUGCUGGUCUCUUUGUGAAGCACCCUGGAGAAUGAGGGUUACAGUGGUGGAGUGUAAUCUAUCCUUGAGAGCUGAGCAGAACAGCUCGCAGCUUACACUCACCUAUGGUAAUGCAAUCAUGCAGAAGAGCAGACAGGUUGCUGAAUGUGUGUGUGUGUGUGUGACACUAACCACAGGUUGCUUGGCGACCUCCACCAGGUCUUUGAUGUUGUAGUACUGGUGUUCCUCGAAGGCGGAGAAGAGCAUGUCCAUCACCUGCUGUCUGUCUGCUCUCACCAUCCUACCCUCAGCCUUCUUUCUCUUCUCAUACUCCACCUACACACACACACACAACACACAGCCCACAGAAAACCCACACGGGCAAGGAGGGAGCAUGGUAGAAGUGCACAUUACAGUUCCAGGUGUAUGUUGAUCCAACACUAUAAAGAUAUGCAUGUAACCUUCAGGAGCAUGCAAGCAGGCAGUUACACACACACACACACACACAGAAAUGAAUGAAGAUAUAGGGUCUCAUUGAGAGAAGCAGAGAAAUGAAUGAAGAUAUAGUGUCUGAUUGAGAGAAGCAGAGAAAUUAAUGAAGAUAUAGGGUCUCAUUGAGAGAAGCGUCCCAUUGGGCAGAGCAGGUGAUAGACACAAUGGCACACUCUAUGUUGUACAAUGGUUGAAUAGUGAAUAUAGCCUAUUAGUAUAAUGCACAGUAUUGUCACUACUGUACAUAUACAGACACAGGCAAGCAUGCAGAUUCUCAAGUACAUUUAUUUUCUUUGUUCCUUUUAUAGAUGAAAGUGCGCAAUACUGCCUUAUCAAGACACAGAAUGAUAAAAUAGUCAGGCUUAACAUAGCAGUUAGACCACCAUUUUGUAGGAUGAAAGCUGAAUUGAGAAUGUCAUGAUUUAUUGGUUAUGUUAAUAACAUGUAUUUGUGGAUCAACAGAACUGCUGUAUUAAUGUGGGGAAUCUGUAAGUGUACUGUCAAAUCUCAUGUUGGUGAAGCAAGGUAGGUUUAUGGAGUCCAGGUGAGUAGGGUAUACAAUGUCUUUAAACAUGUCAGCGUCACAUGCAUUUCUUUAGUGUUAUUGUUUUUCUGGGUGAAUAAGGUUCGUAAAAUAUCCUUGUGAUUGGGCGGUAAUGCCUAAAGUAUGGUAAGCAUACGUGGUCUCAUCUCAUUGGGAACAAUAGCAAGGUAAGUUUAUGAUGAAACUUUCAUGUGUUUUGAUUAAGUUGAUCACAUAGUCCUCAGUCAUACAAUUGUUAAUAAUGGGAUUUUUCUGAAUGUCUUUUUUUGUAACAUACAUUCUAUCACAGGUGCAGAAUGCAGUGUCCAGUGGACUAACUGGCAUAGCCUGCACAGAUGAGCAGUAACAACAGAAUGCAGUGUCCAGUGGACUAACUGGCAUAGCCUGCACAGAUGAGCAGUAACAACAGAAUGCAGUGUCCAGUGGACUAACUGGCAUAGCCUGCUCAGAUGAGCAGUAACAACAGAAUGCAGUGUCCAGUGGACUAACUGGCAUAGCCUGCACAGAUGAGCAGUAACAACAGAAUGCAGUGUCCAGUGGACUAACUGGCAUAGCCUGCACAGAUGAGCAGUAACAACAGAAUGCAGUGUCCAGUGGAUUAACUGGCAUAGCCUGCUCAGAUGAGCAGUAACAACAGAAUGCAGUGUCCAGUGACCUAACUGGCAUAGCCUGCACAGAUGAGCAGUAACAACAGAAUGCAGUGUCCAGUGGACUAACUGGCAUAGCCUGCACAGAUGAGCAGUAACAACAGAAUGCAGUGUCCAGUGGACUAACUGGCAUAGCCUGCUCAGAUGAGCAGUAACAACAGAAUGCAGUGUCCAGUGACCUAACUGGCAUAGCCUGCUCAGAUGAGCAGCAACAAUGGAAUGUAGGGACUCGGAGGAACCUUGAACCAAAGCGGUUAAACAGCAUCGACUUUACACACCAUAAGGCCAGUGACCAAUAUGCAGAAAAGCAUCCAGAAUGUCCACCCCUGCCUCCCACUCCUGCAUUCCACUCACAGGAGGAAUUGAAUAGGAGCCUGAGACACCUGAAUCUGCCUGUGGGGAGUCUGCUCUAUAAGUGUGUUAAUGCUGAACCGAUAAUAAUAUCACAGCCAGUAGCAUCCCAGCCACAUGGAGAGCAUGUCAAUUACAACUGGCAGAAGUGCCUGUCCUUCUACAAUGACUUUGUGAAACUUGACCCAACCCAGUCGACUGCUUUGGAACAGUUCACAAAGGAGCAGAGUGCCUCACACUUGUGGCAUGACUCAAGUAAGCUUUGAUUUACUGCAAGCUCAGCCAAGAAGUUCCCUGUCAGGGAAUCCAACAACCCUGUUAAGUUUCUCCAGAAGCAUCUGUAUCCCAGGUUCCAAGGGAAUGCAGCCACAUGCUACGGGAAAGAUAAUGUGCUGAUGGCCACCCAGUGGCUAGCAGACUGUGGAUACUCUGUUGACCACAGAGGCACUGUUGUCAGGGUUGAAGAGCCAUGGCCCUGACUGAGUGCUGAACUCCAAGGAGCUGUUGGCGAUCAGGUGUCCCGUCAUUGUUAAGGCCAGUGAUUCUCUGGAUGAUGUCUUCAGUGGGAAAGCCUGUGAUGUGCAGGUGGUGGAGGGCACAGCCCAACUGCAACCACAUGGGCCACGUGGCUACUACAUGCAGCUGCAAAUUGGUAUGUUUUGCACAGGACUUAGAGAAAGUAAGGUGCUCAUCUGGACUCUGUCCAAGCAAUUUGUCAUCCCUGUUCCCUAUGAUGCACAGUUCUGAGCAGAGGCUGUCCUGAGGUUGAAGGCAUUCUACUUUACACUUUUUUUUGCUGCCAUUUAUUGUUGAAGAGCAUCAGGCAGGCAAACUCAUUGAGUGACAAAUAAACUCAGCAAAAAAAGAAAUGUCCUCCCACUGUCAACUGCAUUUAUUUUCAGCAAACUUAACAUGUGUAAAUAUUGGUAUGAACAUAACAAGAUUCAACAACUGAGACAUAAACUGAACAAGUUCCACAGACAUGUGACUGACAGAAAUGGAUCAAUGUGUUCCUGAACAAAGGGGGGUGUCAAAAUCAAAAGCAACAGUCAGUAUCUGGUGUGGCCACCAGCUGCAUUAAAUAAUGCAGUGCAUCUCCUCCUCAUGAACUGCACCAGAUUUGCCAGUUCUUGCUGUGCUUGCUGUGACCCCACUCUUCCACCAAGGCACCUGCAAGUUCCUGUACAUUUCUGGGGGGAAUGGCCCUAGCCCUCACCCUCCGAUCCAACAGGUCCCAGACGUGCUCAAUGGGAUUGAGAUCCGGGCUCUUUGCUGGCCAUGGCAGAACACUGACAUUCCUGUCUUGCAGGAAAUCAUGCACAGAACGAGCAGUAUGGCUGGUGCCAUUGUUAUGCUGGAGGGUCAUGUCAGGAUGAGCCUGCAGGAAGGGUACCACAUGAGGGAGGAGGAUGUCUUCCCUGUAACGCACAGCAUUGAGAUUGCCUGCAAUGACAACAAGCUCAGUCAAAUGAUGCUGUGACACACUGCCCCAGACCAUAACGGACCCUCCACCUCCAAAUAGAUCCCGCUCCAGAGUACAGGGCUCGGUGUAACGCUCAUUCCUUCGACAAUAAACGCGAUUCCGACCAUCACCCCUGGUGAGACAAAACUGCGACCCGUCAGUGAUGAGCACUUUUUGCCAGCCUUGUCUGGUCCAGCGACGGUGGGUUUGUGCCCAUAGGUAACGUUGUUGACGGUGAUGUCUGGUGAGGACCUGCCUUACAACAGGCCUACAAGCCCUCAGUCUAGCCUCUCUCAGCCUAUUGCGGACAGUCUGAGCACUGAUGGAGGGAUUGUGUGUUCCGGGUGUAACUCGGGCAGUUGUUGUUGCCAUCCUGUACCUGUCCCGCAGGUGUGAUGUUCAGAUGUACUGAUCCUGUGCAGGUGUUGUUACACGUGGUCUGCCACUGCGAGGACGAUCGGCUGUCCGUCCUGUCUCCCUGUAGUGCUGUCUUUGGCGUCUCACAGUACGGACAUUGCAAUUUAUUGCCCUGGCCACAUCUGCAGUCCUCAUGCCUCCUUGCAGCAUGCCAGCAGCAUACCACCCUGCAUACCACUGCUGGCUUGCUUCUGAAGCUAAGCAGGGUUGGUCCUGGUCAGUCCCUGGAUGGGAGACCAGAUGCUGCUGGAAGUGGUGUUGGAGGGCCAGUAGGAGGCACUCUUUCCUCUGGUCUAAAAAAAAAUAUCCCAAUGCCCCAGGGCAGUGAUUGGGGACACUGUCCUGUAUAGGGUGCCGUCUUUCGGAUGGGACGUUAAACGGGUGUCCUGACUCUCUGAGGUCAUUAAAGAUCCCAUGGCACUUAUCGUAAGAGUAGGGGUGUUAACCCCGGUGUCCUGGCUAAAUUCCCAAUCUGGCCCUCAAACCAUCAUGGUCACCUAAUAAUCCCCAGUUUACAAUUGGCUCAUUCAUCCCCCUCCUCUCCCCUGUAACUAUUCCCCAGGUCGUUGCUGCAAAUGAGAACGUGUUCUCAGUCAAUUUACCUGGUAAAAUAACGGUAAAAUAAAAAAAUAAAAAAAUAAAAAUAAGGCAAGUUCACACAGAUGAGCAGGGACCCUGGGCAUCUGUCUUUUGGUGUUUUUCAGAGUUAGUAGAAAGGCUUCUUUAGUGUCCUAUGUUUUCAUAACUGUGACCUUAACUGUCUACCGUCUGUAAACUGUUAGUGUCUUAACGACCGUUCCACAGGUGCAUGUUCAUUAAUUGUUUAUGGUUCAUUGAACAAGCAUGGGAAACAGUGUUUAAACCCUUUACAAUGAAGAUCUGUGAAGUCAUUUGGAUUUUUACGAAUUAUCUUUGACAUACAGGGUCCUGAAAAAGGGACAUUUCUUUUUUUGCUGAGUUUAUAUGCAGCUCUUUAGUAUGUAGUCUGAUGUCUCUCCUGUUUGCAGUUACUAUUAGCAACUUGUUUUUCAAUUAAAAUACCUGACUUAAUGCAUCAACAGUCA